UGCGUGUAGGACCGGGAAGUUCCGCCGGCUUUCCAUCAUGGAGGCGUCCACGGGAGGUUGAUUUCUGAAGGAGACCUCAGUUAUUAGUGCGUUCCUCAUCGUUAAUGGUCGGUGUGAUGGCUCCACCAUGACGCGCUGUCUGAGGCUGCUCGGCCGGUCUGCUGCCCGGUACGGCGCCCUGCUGCAGGCCCCCCUCAGGCAGACCCAGGCGCUGAGACGUUUCCACGGCAGCCCGGCGCACGCCAAGGGGCCACCCGUACCCGCGGAGGUCAUCACCGACGAUGACGAGAAGGGGGACAAGUCCGUGGUGGUGCGCGACGCCCUGUUUGAGCGAGUGGGCGAGGAGGUGAAGACCAAGGCCACGUUCAACAAGGUGGUGGACGUGUUCAUCAGGGGCGACGUGAGGCGGCGGGGUCACGUGGAGUUCAUCUACGCCGCUUUGCGUAAGAUGCCGGAGUUCGGCGUGGAGCGAGACCUGGCGGUCUACCACCGGCUGCUGGAUGUGUUCCCCAAAGAGUUGUUUGUGCCCAGGAACUUCAUCCAGCGCAUGUUCAACCACUACCCCCGGCAGCAGGAGUGUGGGGUGCAGCUGCUGGAGCAGAUGGAGAACUACGGUAUCAUGCCCAACAUGGAGACCAAAGUCCUGCUGGUCCAGAUCUUUGGAGAAAAGGGCCACCCCGUGAGGAAGUACCAGCGCCUCAUGUACUGGUUCCCCAGAUUCAAGCACGUGAACCCCUUCCCCAUCCCCCAGCAUCUGCCCGAAGACCCGGUGGACCUGGCUCGCUUCAGCCUGACCCGCAUCGCUAAUGACCGGGACGCCAGAGCCACCGUCCACCAGCUGCCCAGUACAGACAUUACAGAGAGCGGAGAGGAGAUCACACUUCCACAUAUAGUAGGUAUCCAGAGCCCCAGCCAGGUGGAGCUGCUGGCCGCGCACAACCCCAGCCGGCCGGUGUUCGUGGAGGGCCCGUUCCCUCUGUGGCUGAGGAGGACGUGUGUGUACUACUACGUCCUCAGGGCCGACCCCGUACCGCCCCACGAGAAGGUGGAGGAGCCCUACGACCCAGAGAGGUGUUUGGACUAUCCUCUGCAGCUGGAGCUGGACUUGGACCGUGACCUCGGGGACGAGGAGAACUUCGACGUGGAAGACCUGGACGAGGGUCCGGUCUUCGCCAUGUGCAUGAUCGGCCGGGAAGAUCAGGCCGUCCUCAACCAGUGGAUCUCCGGCCUCCAGGAGAACAACCCCAUCCUGGGUCGGGUGCCCACUCUGUUCCGCCUGGACGCCGGGCCCCGGGAGCUGCAGGGCGCGGCUCAGUCAGCCCACCACCAGGGUCCAGAACCCGAGACCCAGACCGAGGAGAGGCGGCCUCGAGGAGAACCUGAGGUAACCGUGGAGGAGGAGAGGCUGAAACAGUGAACAGACAGACUGGACUAUGAGGGGGAGGGGCUACUGGUUCAGCAGCAGGACUAAGCUUCGGUCAUCCAAUAAAUAAAGAAAAGAAAAAAACUGUG